CAUUCUCGGCAGCGUCUCUCUCGGUGAGCAUCGGCCAGUCGACCGUCGGUCAGCGAGGGUUUCCUGGUGCCCGGAGGACUCAUUUAACGGAUUAGGAGCCGAGCGAAGGCGGCGGAGCGGCGUCAGAGUAAAAUACGGGGCUUCCCCCUCCUGCAUUGUGACGUCAGACCUCACCACACCCGUUUCACCUGCAGCUGAAGGCAGAACAAGGGUGAAAAUAUUCAGAGAAGAAGAAUAAGAGGAGAACCGGUCCUCACUGAUUCUGGUCCAUCAUGGACCAGUGAGGUCUUUCACACCCUGCAAGUGGAAGGCAAUGUUUUGGGGAGCUAGAGGCCGUAGCACUGUCAGCAGAGUCUGUGUGGAGCCCCUUUUUUCCCUCCUCCCCAGCACCCCUCCGGACAUGGGAUGCCAGCCCCCUGCACCACGGCCCUGAGCCCUCCUGGGGAGCCAUGAACAACUACAGAGACAGAGGGGUCACUUGCACCUCCUCGGACCUUCUUGAUGGAGGAGGAGGGGUGUUUCCCCAGCACACUCCAUUUCGUCACACCCCCAAUGGCCAUCCAAUCCUCGCAGACCUUGCCCUACAGCCACGCAUGUCCGUGCCCAAGAUGGGCGUUCGAGCCCGGAUCGCGGAGUGGCCUCCGCGUCGCGCACAGUCACGAGAGUCGCUCAUUGAGAAUGGGCAAUUUGGCAGCAAUCACUAUGGAGAUGACUGCUCCACCUCAGUUUCAUCCUCCAUCUUGUCAUCUGAUGUCGGGCUGAGGCGGGGAGGAGUCGCAAGGUUGCCACGACGACGGUCAAGGGAUGAGUUCAGGCUCGGGGGCUUUGGAGGAGAGAGAGGUUCACCUUUGAGUCUGAGAGUUUUCCCACCGCUACGACAGCGCUCCAACAGCGAAGUGACUCUCAGCGAGCAGGAUGAGAACGAGGUGGAGGCUCGUGGAGGUGGUGGGAUGGGGAUCCUGUUCAGAGAGUACGGCAGCACCUCCUCCAUCGACAUCCAGGGCAUCUCCGACCAGAGCUUCUUCGACAUCCUCAACCAGUUCCACCACGAUAGGCCUGACCAGCGCAGCUCAGCACCCGUACGCCUCGGGGAGCCGCUGUGUGCUCCAGACUCGAUACCAAGUGCACCGCUUCCCUCUGCCCCCUCACCUGGUCCCACAGGUGGAGACGACAGAGGGACAGGAAAGAAGGACGGAGCUGAGAGAGUGAGGAAAAAAAGUGGCGGGACAGAGAUGUCACUGGGCACCUCGUCUCUGUUUAGGAAACUUCGCAGCUCGAGCAGAGGGGAGCUGGAUGGAGGAAAAGGAGAGACUAAUGACAGUUCAACAGAUGGCUCCUACAAACAGUGGGUGUGCCCAAAGAGCUUUGUCCACUUUGACGCCCAGAGCAUCCUGUUUGACCUCCACGAAGCGGCGGCUCAGCGUGGCUAUGCCACCCAGAGGAGGAACACUGCCACUGGGGCAUCAGCUGCCUCAGUGUCCCUGUCCAUCUCCAGGUCCUCUGCUCCUAGUGUGAACGAGCCAGUUUACUCCAGCAUUGAAGACCUGACUAUGAGCCUGGAACCCGCCAUAACACCCUCCCUGAGCAUGGACCCUCUGGAUGGCCCACUUGGAGCCCACAGCUCCAGCCAAUUGCUCCUCUGCUGCCCACACUUCCUCAAUGAGAUCGGGGGCCACGGGGAGCGCAACAUCAGCUUCCUCAGCUCGUCAGCAGAGCGAGGAGGAGAUGGAGGAGGAGAGGGAGGGAGAGGGUGGCUGAGGAGGAGUAAUGCCAGCGUCUCAGUGCUGGAGGUGCCUAUUGAACAGCAGGUUACGAGACUGGAUAGACUGAAACUGUACAGCAUAGAACAUGUAGACCUGGGGGCCAGGUACUACAGAGACUACUUCCAUGGCAAAGACCACUCUAACUACUUCGGGACAGACGAAAAGCUGGGACCAGUGACUGUGAGCGUCCGCAGGGAGAAACUGGAAGACACCAAAGACCUGAAAGACCAGUACCUGUACCGCCUCAUCGUCAGGACAAGCGAGUUGGUGACCCUGAGAGGCUCCAUUCUAGAGGAUGCAGUGGCGUCUACGGGGAGACACGGCACGGUGCGGGGUCUGCCGCUCAAAGAGGUCCUGGAGCAGGUGGUUCCCGAGCUCAGCGUGUCCUGUUUGAGACUGGCUCUCAGCACACCCAAAGUCACAGAGCAGCUCCUAAAGCUGGAUGAACAAGGGUUAAGUCAGAAGCACAAGGUGGGAGUUCUGCUGUGCCGCGCAGGCCAGAGCACCGAGGAAGAGAUGUACAAUAACGAGGAGGCGUCACCGGCCUUCUCUGCCUUCCUGGAGCUGCUGGGGGAGCAGGUGCUUUUGAAAGGAUUCACCAAAUACGCCGCCCAGCUCGACACAAAGACGGACUCCACGGGCACCCACUCCCUGUACACCACCUACCAGGGCUAUGAGGUCAUGUUCCACGUGUCCACCAUGCUGCCGUAUAUGCCCAACAACCCACAGCAGCUCCUGAGAAAGAGGCACAUAGGGAACGACAUCGUCACCAUAAUCUUUCAGGAGCCAGGAGCGUUACCAUUCACGCCUCAGAAUAUCCGUUCACACUUCCAGCACGUCUUCGUUAUUGUGCGUGUGCACAACCCCUGCUCUGAAAACACCUGUUACAGUGUCGCUGUGACAAGGAUGAAGGAUGUGCCCCCGUUUGGCCCAUCCAUUCCCAACAGUGUCACCUUCCGUGACCGAGAAACCUUCCGUAACUUCCUUCUAGCUAAAGUUAUCAAUGCAGAGAAUGCAGCACACAAGUCUGAGAAGUUCCACACCAUGGCGACAAGAACACGGCAGGAGUACCUGCGUGACCUGGCUGAGAACUACGUGAGCAGCACACCGCUCGACUCAGCCGGGAAACUUAACAACCUUAUCUCACUUGCAUCUAAAAAACGUGAGCGGUCGAAGCCGAGAGAAGGAGCCGAGCUGGGAGCCGCAGGGGCCGUGGCCUGGAGGGCCCAGGCCCAGGACUUUAGCGGAGGUGCGACGGAGCUGCCCUCUGCCAUUGGUUUGUCGGCUGAAUACGUCCUCCUGACAGACUGUUCCACCAAAGAGGUGGUGUUUAACUGUUUCUGUGCGGACGUGAUCGGCUGGACACCGGAGCGCCUGUCACUAAAGAUCUUCUAUGGCAGAGGAGACCACAUUGCUGUGCGGGUACCGGAGGGCUGUGCGCAGGACAUCAGGGAAAUGGUGCAGAGGUUAAAGUCGUUGACAGUUGGAUGUGAAACGGUGGAUAUGACUCUGAGAAGAAACGGACUGGGACAACUGGGCUUCCAUGUUCGCUUGGACGGCACUGUGGCGGAGGUGGAGGAAUACGGCUUUGCCUGGCAGGCGGGACUGAGGCAGGGCAGUCGAUUGGUGGAGAUCUGUAAGGUGGCCGCAGUGACGCUGACUCACGAGCAGAUGAUCGACCUGCUCAGGACAUCGGUCACCGUCAAAGUGGUUAUCAUCCCUCCUUACGAAGAGGGGGGACCUCGCAGGGGCUGCACAGAGGAGUACGAGAUGAAGACCAUGGAGCAGAAGCCAGAACCUGAGCCUCUGGCUGCAGGAUACCGACCCUCCCCUCGGCCGACGUGGCGAUGGGACAGCCCACCCAUCCCUACGGGGCUCCACAGUACCCCGAACCCACAACGCUGGGCCCCCAUGGGCCCCCCGCCGCCUCCACUGCCCCGCACACACAAGACCCUGAUCCCUGUUCCUUACAGAGACCCACAGCACCUCAACUCCAAGAGGCCAGUGAGCUACCCAGAGAACCACUACACUCUGUCCCCUGCAGGAGGCGACCGACUCCUGACCUACAGAAACCCCUCCGCCAGCUUCUCCUCGCCCUCCUCAGGCCUGAUCGGCCUCUCCGCAAUGGGCCCUCCUGGAAUCACACCAGGCCCAUUCGUGCGCUACAAACAUUCCCCCGACAGAUAUGGAGCAGGACAGCGCCCCCUGCUGCCCUAUGAGCCCCACCUUAGCGUGGACAUCAACUCCAGUGGAGAGUCUUCCUCAGGCUUCACCAGUCAGGAGAGCACCAUGGAGCGCUGCAAAACAGAACCCCUCUGGCAUGUUCCGGUGGCAGCGUCGCGGGGACCAGGUGGUGGAGCCGGGCAGAGGAGAAUCCCCAGACAGGACAUCCAAGGGAAAGACUCUCCCAACAGACACUCCAAGGGCGAGACUCAAUACUCCAGUCACUCCAGCAGCAACACUCUGUCCAGUAACGCCUCCAGCGGCCACAGCGACGAGCGCUGGUUCGACGGAGGACCUGGAGGCGAGCGAGGAGGAGGCGGGGGAUGCCUUGGCGACCUGGCAGACCCCGACCCUGACCUUCUCAACAAGGGAGGGUCCAACGACAGCGGGAUCGACGCCUCGACCCACUACGGCAACAACCGCCACGUGAACGUGCCCAACAACCUGCCCCUCAAGCCCAUGCACGGCUCCACGACUUACACUGGCAUCCAGGAGCUCUCUGUGGGAAGGAGCAGCAGCGGGGGGGAAGCAAGGAGACGAGAGUCUUCACCCAUCAGCGCGGCUGAAGUCAAUAAAGGGUACAGGACGAGGACAUUCCCACCUCCUGGCUCCAGUGCUGAGAAGAUGGAUGCUUUCAAACCCAGGGCCUACACGCCGCAGGGCUACAAGACUCCGACAGCAGAAAAGGCGCGGCAUGUCCGAGCUUCUACCACAACACCCACCUCCGCUCAGCUGAGCUCCAUCCUUCUGUCCAGCUCUGCCCCCAAAGCCUUAUACGGGAAGAGCCGACCAAACGCCUGGCAGAAUGAGGACAACAGCCCGUCGCCCGCAAACAUGACUGUGGCUUCCAGCUCCGACAGCAGCAACAGCAAGAAGCAGGUGGACACAAAUUCAAAGAACGUGUUUGGACAACCUCGACUCCGAGCGUCCCUGAGGGACCUGCGAUCUCCACGGCGGACGUACAAGAGCACCAUCGAGGACGACCUGAAGAAACUGAUCAUCAUGGACAACCCGGGAGAGAUACCACAGAGAGAUCCAUCUCCCAGACGGACUUUGCAGCGCACAUUUUCAGACGAGUCGCUGUGCAGCGGCCGCAGAGAAGCCAGCUUUGCCAACUCCGAGAACCCGACGACUCCGACUGACGUGCUGUUCACCUGCACGCUGCCAACGCGCAGACACGCCGUCACCUCCAACCACCUGCAGAUCAAGAAGGUGCCUCUGUCUGCGUCUGAACUGUCCCUCACAGAGGUCAGGGACAAAGUUCCCCCCCUGAGGAGGCUCGAUCCUGGGCUGAUGCCUCUCCCUGACACUGCCUGUGGACUUGAGUGGUCCAGCCUGGUCAUUGCUGCAAAAGCCUACGAAGCACAAAAAGCGGUUUCCCUCUUCUCACUGACUGAGCCGCAGGUCGGAAGUCCUGACAUGAGACCAGUCAUAAGUCCCGUUCAGUUCCAAACUCCUCAGACGCCACGGACCACACCGACCCUCAGCAGUGACGAGGCCCCCCCCGAGUUGUCUGGCCGGCUCUAUCACCUGGAGGUCAUGUUGAAGCAGCUGAAUAACGACCUGGAGAGAGAGAAGAAGGAUAAAGUUGUCCUGAUGGCGGAGAUGGCCGACCUGAGAGAGAACAACCAGCGUUUGCAGGAGCAGAGCGUGACAGCCAGCGAGCAGCUGCGCAAGUUCAACAACUUUUUCACCAGCCCCCACAGCACAGGAAGUGACCAAGGGGCUCACUCCUUAAUGCACGACACAGACUCAAAGAGGGAGUGAUCAACAGGUGCUGAAGAAGAAGAAGAAGAGUGUGAUUCAGGCCUGAGGGAGGGCAAGUGUGAGAGGAGUAUUCUUUCAGGAGGCGGAGGUCAGUUCCCUCACUCAGCUUCCACUGGACUGCCUUAAACCAGAGAGAGUCCGAAAAAGACUAUUUUUGAAACGCUACACUCCCGGAAAGUCUCGCCGAGCAGAGACCCUCCCUCUCUUCUCUCUGAGCCUGUUUAUUUUUAUAAACUGAAGUCAAAGUCUUAUAUACUUUCUAUAUAUGUAUAAAUAUACUGAGUCUGCUACUAUGCCGGAGGAGUGAUGGAGAGGAGAACCGAACUGUUUUUGAGAACACUACAUCACCUGGAGAGGCCUAAUACUGUUCCUGCAGCGAAACCCGCCAAAAAAAAAGACUCAUUACAGACUGCAUCUCCCAGAAUGCACUAGUAGUGAUGGAAGCUCUACAGACAUGGUACUGUAGAUAGAUGCCUGUGUGGUACAAUUCUCUUGUAUCGAUAUUAUCUAUAUUUUAAUGAUAUUGCAUAACGGUUGUACUAAAGAGGUGUGUUUGUAUGUGUGUGCGUGAGAGAGAGAGAGAGAGACUGAUGGUAAAGUGAAUAUUCUGAAGCAUUACUGCACAUCAAUGUUUGUGCUGAAGUCUUGAUUUGUUUUAUUGCCCUUCAGUGUGUGUGUGUGUGUGUGUGUGUGUGUGUGUGUGUGUGUGUGUGUGUGUGUGUGUGUGUGUGUGUGUGUGUGUGUGUGUGUGUGUGUGUGUGUGUGUGUGUGUGUGUGUGUGUGUGUGUGUGUGUGUGUGUGUGUGUGUGUUUAAGAACAACUGAUUAAUGAACAAACAAGUUUACUGUAUAAAUUAAACUUGUGGGCCACAGAAUUCUUCUUUCCUCCGUUUACGUGGAGGAACCGUGGCCCACACAUGUGAAACAAGCCGUCAGAGAGUCGAGUGAAAGGGAUUGGUCGAUGUCAGGAACUCGGUGACGCCCACAUCGUGUCUCUGAUGAAGUGCGUUGUACAGAAUCUCCAGCAGUGCCGUAUCAUCUCAGACCUCAACGUACUGGAUGAUUAUUUUAACCCCAGAACUUUUAGCUGAGACUUUUUUUCCUCUUCUUUAAAACAAUACACUUAUUUUCUUUCUUGCAGAUAAAAAAGAUUGAUGCCACUAUUACUUUAAUCCGGCCUGGUGGGCCUGGUGUAACACAGAGUUAUGUGAUUUAAGCAACUUUUUUAACGUAAUAUUGUUUUGUGUACGUGGUCUUAAAUAGCUGUGACCAAUUAUCGAAUCCUCACUGUAUUUAUGAAAAAAAACAAGAUGUUAAUCGGUGAGCUUUACAAAUGCUUAUUGGUGGAUUUUGUUCAAUCUUAUAAACGCUUAAAUAUCAGUAUAUAAAUUAUUGAAAUGUUAAAUGUGUUGGCAACCAAAAACAAUAAUUUCCAUUAAGUUAUGCUGUGGUGUACAAAUGAAGCCCCAUCUUACAGCCUUUGUUUGUUUACAUUUAGGCCUUUGCUGUUGUUAGUUCCUGUUCAUACUGUGAACAAAACAAAUACAUUACUUUGAUGUAGAAAACUCAAAAAACAUGAUAAAGCUCUCGACUUUUUGCUGUUUUCUAAGAAGGUUAUUGGAUGUUUACUCUAAUUGGACUUUGGAGAACAGUAGUAUCGUUGGAAACAUGUGUAUCUUGUCUGCAUGUUGACAUUUGACUGAGUUAUAACAAAGUAAUUGGGUUGACAAAAAGAAGCUAACCUUAAUAACCAAACCAGGUAGUGGACAAACAUGAGUGGCAUCAAUCGUUAAACAUAAGAAAACGAAUAAGUGUAUUUCUCAAAACGUCUAAACUGUGUGUGUGUGUUCUCAUCAGAAUGAAGCGACGUCAACAGUCGUGUGUGUUGAUGGAAAAACAUUUACUGUACAUGAAAAUUCACUGGACAACACUGACGCUCCUUCCCAUCAGAACCAGUGUGUGAGAGGAUUCGUCCAUGUGUUCUGAACAAAACACUUAUUUAUACAGCAAGCUGGCUUAACGAUAUUGUCUACUAUAUCUAUUUUUCAUACAGAACUGCGAGUGUGUGUGUGAGUGGAUGCUGGUACUGACUGGAUGACAGAUCCCUGCAGAGGAAGUUUCUUUUCCCGUCUCACUUCAUUAAUUGACUGAUGACACUGUUCUGAACUCUCAGCCCAGAUGAGCAGUGAUAUUUUUCCUCCCUGGUCUGACUGGAUCUGUUAGUUUUGAACUUUCCAACUCGCUCAGGUUUCUCAAUAUGCUGGUAACAAUGACGCUACACCAUUGGGGGGGGGGGGGUAAUGAUGUACUGUGAGACUAUCAGAGAUGUUCCCUUUAAUAUUUCUGGAUGUUUUGGUUCAUUGUAGGUAAAUCGAGGUCGUAAUCCAUUUGCUGGAUUCGUUUAAAACAGAUAAAAUAGUUUCUCAACAGAUUUCACAUGUUUAUUAUGUCAAUAUCCACAAAUGGCAUAUGCAGUGAUAAAGGAUUUGUAUCUGUUUACAUCUGUAAACUCCCACCAACUCCCAAUAAAAUCUGAUCAGUAGUUUUUGCAUUAUCCUGCAAACAAGCAGAUGUAACCAUCACCUCCUUGGUCACGGUUACAAACAAACAAGACUCUGCUUCAGUGUCACCAGCUCGUCAUCCUCCAGUCGAGAGGUUUUCAUCUGAGUAACUUUGAGACCAGUAACAUUAAUACAUGAACCUAAUUUACCAGUCUGUCAUUAACAAUCUCAGUCUCUCAUGUGGCUCCUCAGUAAACUGGUUUCAGGUUUGACGUUUUUGCGGAGGUUAAAUUCAGUGACGCACUCCUCCUUCUCCUCCUCCUUCUCCUCCUCCUCCAGCUUUGCAGGUGUCGCUUUGAUUUUAGUCUUAAUCUUUACUUUGCUUAUGUAAAAGGGGCAAGGUUUCUUUUUUUAUACAUAUAUAUAUAUAUAUAUAUACAAAUUCCGUUCAUGUUCUGUAUAAUUUUACGCUAUUUAAAGCAUACACAACACCCUGUUGAACAAAUCAAUAAUGCAUAAUUAAGGUUAAUGGUUAAUAUUGUAAAACUACGUUUGUUUUUAGAUGUUAAAUAUUUUGAUAAUUUAUUUUUUAACACGUUGGCCGCUGUCAGACGAGAGGGUACUGUGUGUGUGUGUGUUUUAUUUUGAUGUUCUACUUCUGAUUCCUGUACAAAGUUGAUUUGUAUGAUUCUUUCGGGGGGGUGUCUGACGUCAUCUUUUCUUUGUGUGUCGCUCGUGUGGCGGCAGCACGCGACGCACAGACAAAACGCUUGUUCAUUGUUUGCUUUGGGUUGUAAUAAUGACUUGUACAUUUAAAAGUGUAAAUUAUGUUUUCAUUAUUUUAUAAAAAAUAUAUUAAAAACAA